UUAAUCCCCCCACCCACACUGGCAUCUAGUUCCUCAGCUUCAAGCCCGCACCCCGCCGGCUGUGCUUGUGUUUGAGUGCAGCGCUGCAGAGGGUAUAUAAAUGCAGUGUGUGUGUAGGAAGCCACAUGCUGGUUGUUGUUGUCUCUCCUCCUGAGGAAUGUUCGGACGCUGACUCCUCGCCCCACAGCCCGGCGCUGCCCCGCUCCAGCGCCGCUCUCCCUGCCUCCCCUCCUCUCGCCGCCUGAUGCUUCCUGGCAGCUGGAUCGGGAUCGGGAUCGGGAUCAGACCGCGGAGAGGGAGCGGCCGGGUGGCCGAGCCGGCGGGCAAGGACCGAGGCGCCGCUGGACCAUGUGGCCGCUGUAUCUGCUGGUGGCUACCGUGGAAAGCCAACUAUUGCCUGGGAAUAACUUCACCAACGAGUGCAACAUUCCCGGGAACUUUAUGUGCAGCGAUGGCAAGUGUAUUCGCGGGGCCUGGCAGUGUGAUGGCCAGCCAGACUGCUUUGACAAGAGCGAUGAAAAGGAGUGCCCAAGAGUCAAAUCCAAAUGUGCACCAACCUUUUUCCCCUGCUCCAGCGGUGUGCAUUGUAUCAUCGGGCGUUUCCGAUGUAACGGGUUCGAGGAUUGCCCGGACGGCAGUGAUGAGGAAAACUGCACAAACCCACUGUUGUGCUCGACGGCCCGUUUCCACUGUAAGAAUGGGAGGUGCAUCGACAAGAGCUUUGUCUGUGAUGGAGUGAAUAACUGCCAGGACAACAGUGAUGAAGGCGACUGCGACAUCUCACCGGACAGCAGCCUGGGCGGAGGUCACGACUACGUGACAUCGGACAUCCGGAUGUUCCCCUACUAUCCCAGCGUCAUCUUUGCCAUCAUCGGCAGCUCGGUGGUGUUCGUGCUGCUGAUGGCGCUCCUGGCCAUGGUGCUCCACCACCACCGCAAACGCAACAACCUGAUCGGCCACGUGACUCCGCCGCUGCAGCGCCUGCAGCACCCGCUGCUGCUCUCCCGCCUGGUCAUCCUGGACCGUGCCCACCACUGCAGCGUCACCUACAACGCCGGCAACAGCAUCCAGCUCACCGCCAGCUCCCACUGCCACCACCCCCUCACCCCACAAGAGGUGCCCCCCUCCUACUCCGAGGCCAUGCUGGGGCAGAGCAGACCACCAUGGUUCGACCUGCCACCACCUCCGUACCUGUCGGGCAUGGAGAACAGCCAGCCUGAACUGCCCCCGUACCGCUCCAGGGCAGGGAGCACCUUGAGUUUGGAGCAUCCCGGCAGCUUACAGGAGGGCACUGAAAUCAGAGACUGCCUGCUCAGCAACAGAUCAGAGGAGGAGCUGUGAGCUCGCGCCGCUGUGUGGUGGAGCAGCAUCUGUGUUCUUGCACGAAGUGACACCCACUCAAGGCCCAUUUGCCGAAGGAUUUGAUCUGAGAAGUAAAAACAAGACUUUAAAUCGUGUUGACUUCCUCCGUGAAGGAACGACUGUGGCAUCUGGAUGAGUGGCGAAAUCCAGCUGCCGUGCAGAUGUUUGCCCCUGGAGACAUGUUCAUCAGGGAUGAGCAAGAGAACGAUCUUGGACACAGGCAGCCGAUUGGGCUCCAGUGCCGAAUUCAUUGUCAAGUAACGCAAAGCCUGCAUUGGAAACCUAAUCAAUUUGGUGACGUUUUGAGAUGCACUCUUGUCAACUGGGCUCCACUGCAAAUACUAGGUGCCUGCUCACAGCAACCAGCCGCUAGACACUAACAGAUGUCAGAAUCACUGGAGAGCUUCAAGCAAUGUAGCUGGGUAGAAAGGAUAAGAGCAGCACUGUGCUGAUGCCACUUUCUGGAUGCUUGUUCCAUUGCAUUUCAAAAUCUAAAAACAAACAUUUUACUACUUUCUGACAGAUCUGCUCUCAGCAUUCAACUUAUAGUUACUGCAUGGCAAUAGUCAACUGUUCCUUUGGGGUGUGAUUCUCUUCCCCCAUCUCUAUCCUCAAGCUGCAGUGUGGCUCACUGUGUCUGGAAGGCUCUCCACAGUGGAGUCUCGAGAUGACAUGUGCAGGAUGCUCCGCUUCCUGGGCAAGCAUGGCAGAUCACCUCAGUUGUCCUUCUUCCCACCUUGCAGCGAGGCUCUAACUGGAAACGCAUCAUUCCAGGGGCACAAGUCCCUGUGUCUGGGUGUCCCUGCCCCCUUGGGAUGGCUCUCAGUCAAGGUUUGGAGAUCUGUCACAGAUGACAACUGGCUGAUGAUACCCUCUGUGAGGUUUCCAUGGAUUCUGAGUCUGGGUCACAUGUUGGGCCAACAACUAUCAAAUACGUCGAGCAUUUCCACACCCAAGCUCAUCUGACAAGGGAUUGCACUCAAAACCGUCAUUUCGCUGUCCAAGCACUGGCUUGUAUUUCAGGCUAUUUUAGUUUAUAAUCUGAGAUUUGCUUCCUCUUUCAAAACUGAUGGUGCUGUCUUUUCAAGAGAAGCUAAUUGCCCUCCGAUACCUUGCAAUUCAAUGUGCUGGAUUUACUGCUGUGUGUGAUCAUUGUAUUCAAACUUUAAUGAUUUCUAAGGCUGAUUGUUCUGUCACGAGUCAACAAAGAUUUAACGAGGAUGUCCCAAUAGGGAUUUAUUUGCAAUACUAUCUAAUCUCUGCCCAAUCAAACACACACAAUAGGUUUACGGUGAAGGGGAAAAGAUUGAAUAGGAAUCUGAGGGGUAGCUUUUUCCACACAAAGGGUGGUGAGUGUAUGGAACAAGGUGCCAGAGGAGGUCGUCGAGGCAGGGACCAUCGCAACAUUUAAGAAACAGUUAGACAUAUACAUGGAUAGGACAGGUUUGGAGGGAUUUGGACCAAACGCAGACAGGUGGGGCAAUAGACAAUAGGUGCAGGAGCAGGCUGUUUGGCCCUUCGAGCCAGCACCGCCAUUCAAUGUGAUCAUGGCUGAUCAUCACCAAUCAGUACCCUGUUCCUUACUUCUCCUCAUAUAAUAGACAAUAGACAAUAGGUGCAGGACUAGUUUAGCUGGGACAUGUUGGUCGAUGUGGGCGUUUGGGCAGAAGGGCCUAUUUCCACACUAUCACUCUAUGACUAUGGCACAACAGAGGCAUACGCAUAAUAUAAAGAGUGGUAAGCGAACAAUUUUUGUUUUUUUCAAAUCCAUUCUACCAAACUCACUCCGAUUAUUUAGGGUCAUAGGGUCAUACAGUGUGGAAACAAUCCCUUCAGCUCCACUUGCCCACACCGACCAACAUGUCCCAUCUACACUAGUCCCACCUGCCUGCAUUUGACUCAUAUCUCUCUAAACCUAUCCUAUCCUUGUACCUGCCUAAAUAUUUCUUAAACAUUACGAUAGUCCCAGCCUCAACUACCUCCUCCGGCAGCUCGUUCCAUACACCCACCACCCUUUGUAUAAAAAAGUUGCCCCUCAGGUUCUUAUUAAAUCUUUCUCCCGUCAUCUUAAAUGUAAGUCCUUUGGUUCUCGAUUCCCUUAUUCAUAUGGUCAUACUGUGUGGAAACAGGCCCUUCAGCCCAACUUGCCCACGCUGAGCAACAUGUCCCUUCUGCCCUCUGGUUCUCAAUUCCCCCACUCUCAGCAAGAGUGUCUUUACCUGAUCUAUUCCUCUCAUGAUUUUAUACAUCUCUAUGAGAUCACCUUUGAUUCUCCUGUGCUCCAAGGAAUAGAGUCCUAGUCUGCUCAACCUCUCCCUAUAGCUCAGACUCUCGAGUCCUGGCAACAUCCUCGUAAAUCUUUUCUGUACCUCUCCAGCUUGACAAUAUCUUUCCUAUAACAUGGUGCCCAAAACUAAACACAAUACUCUAAAUGUGGCCUCAUAACGGCUUAUAUAACAGCAACAGAACAUCUCAAGUCAAAUCAAGUCAAGUUUAUUUGUCACAUACACAUACGAGAUGUGCAGUGAAAUGAAAGUGGCAAUGCUCGCGGACCUUUGUGCAAAAGACAAACAACAAAACAACCAAACAAAUUAUCAACACAAUCAUAACACACAUAUUCUUUUACAUAAUAAAUAAUGGAAGGAAAAACGUUCAGUAGAGUUAGUCCCUGGUGAGAUAGGCGUUUACACCCGAAUUGCCUCUGGGAAGAAACUCCUUCUCAACCUCUCCGUUCUCACCGCAUGGCAACGGAGGCGUUUGCCUGACCGUAGCAGCUGGAACAGUCCGUUGCAGGAAUCUAUACUUAAUACUCUGACUGAUAAAGGCCAAUGUGCCAAAAGCCUUGUUGACCACCCUAUUUACCUGUGGCACCACUUUCAAGGACCUACGUACCUACACUCCUAGAUGCCACUGAUCUACAACACUCCCCAGAGUCCUGCCAUUCACUAUGUAGGUCCUGCCCAAAAUUCAACACAUCACAUUUAUCUGAAUUAAAUUCCAACAGCCAUUCCUCAGUCCGCCUGCCCUACCGAUCAAUAUCCGGCUGCAAUUCUUGACAACCAUCCUCACUAUCGACAAUACCACCCACUUUUGUGUCAUCUGCGAACUUGCAAAUCAUCCAAACCAUAGGUAUAAAUGACAAACAGCAAUGGGCCCAGCACCAAACCCUGAGGCACACCACUAGUCACAGGCCUCCAGUCUGAAGAGCAACCUUCCACCAUCACCCUCUGUUUCCUUCCAUGAAGCCAAUUUUCUAUCCAUUCAGCUAUCUCUCCUUGCGAUCUAACCUUCCAGAGCAGCCUUCCAAGCAGAAUCUAGUUGAAUGUCUUGCUGAAGUCCAUAUAUACAAAGUCUACAACUUUGCCCUCAACAACCUUUUUUGUCACAUCUUCAAGAAACAAUCAGAUUUGUGAGACAUGACCUCCCAUGUACAUAAUCAUGGUGACUAUCCCAAACCAGUCCAUGUCCAUCUAAAUACAUGUAUAUCCUAUCCCUCAGAAUAUUCUCUAGUAACGUUGCGUCCCCAGAUGUAGGCUCACUAGCCCAAGCUUUUCCCUGCAGGCCUCUACGACCAUUGAAAAUUCCAUAAUGCCAACUGAUAGGUAACAGAUCCUUUAUAGCUCAUUAAAUAAAACCAAACGUGUACGAAACAACAGCAGAUGUUGGUUUGCACCAAAGAUAGACACAAAAUGUUGGCGUAACUCAAUGGAUCAGGCAGCAUCUCUGCAUAGAAGGAAUGGGUGGGGAUUUUGGUUGAGACCCUUCUUCAGACUAAACCAAACUCUACAUUAAAUCCCUCCCAACUAUGGAAAGCCACCAGAAUAAAUGGCAACGUUGCAAGGAGAUGUACGUCACUGUAAAUCACUUACAGACUAUUGUAAGGCCCCUGUCCCACUUAGGAAACCCGAACGGAAACCUCUGGAGACUUUGCGCCCCACCCAAGGUUUCCGUGCGGUUCCCGGAGGUUGCAGGUGGUUGCUGGAGGCUGCAGGUAGUGGAAGCUGGUAGGGAGACUGACAAAAACCUCCGGGAACCUCGGGGAACUGGGUGGGGUGCAACGUCUCCAGAGGUUUCCGUUCAGGUUUCCUAAGUGGGACAGGGGCAUUAGGCAUCUUAUCACUUUCCACCACAUUAAAUAAGAUUGCACUAUAUCAAGUUCCACUACAUGUCACGUGAUGUUACCACACCGUAACAAUCCCAUUCUGAACAUUGGGAACUGGGUGUAACGGAUGUUUCUUUACCAUGGGAGGUUCCGUGGUUUAGAUUCCACUGCAAUGUCCACCUAAUGUGUUGAAUCCUUUACCAAGCCCCUUUCAAUCUAUAGAAUUUCUCUGUUAAAAACCCAAUAUGAUCAUAUCCACCCUCACUGUGCUGAACACCCUCCCAUUAAACACAAUAUCGCCCCCACUAUUCCAAAUCCCCUUCGUUUGAUACAAUCCCCUAGUACCAACCACUUUGAUCCUCUUCCAUUGUACGAAUUCUUGAUCAUAUUUUCCUUCACGUUCAGUCGGGAUUUUAACUCCACAGUGUUCAUUUUCUCUUUCUCCGCAUUGAAUAAAUUUUCAUUCAAAUACAUUGGUUUUGCUGACAGCCUUUAAAGUAGUUUGCUGGCGGUGCAUGUUAUGCAAUCAUUUGGAGACAGUUAUUCAAAGAGAUAAAAUAAAUUAGGGCGG